UCCUCACCUCCCUGUUCCAUUCCAGCGAGAACUACCGAAUGCUCCCCGAACGGACCCGAGCAUAGCCGAAACGGAGCGCAGAAACCAGAGCCGCUGUUUCCAACACCCCACAGCAAACAGCCAUUUCAUUUUUUUUGGUCACAUUUAUUUCUGUUUUUCAUGAUUUAUUCAAACAACCGCGCCGGAUUCCAAAGGCUUUGCCACAUCCUUUUCUUUAACCAGGGUCUGUUACAGACAGUGGUAUGUUUUUCUCCUAGAAAACUCAGGCACACCUUGGCUUGAAAAGAAUACGGGACGCCUAUCUAUGUGCAAAAUGCACAGCUUUCCACACAGGACGAUAUAUUUGUGGCUAGGCUGCCAGUACAAAGGUGGAAACUGGGAGACAAACGCUUAUAUGAUAAAGGGAACGGUUUCUCUCAUUUCAGUGAAAACGGGUCGGAUUGUACCUUAAAAAAAAAAUGUUCAUAGAUUAACAAUGUCAACUGUAAUAAUGAAACAGUAAGAUACCGUAUUGGACACGAACUGUGUGGUUUUAACACAUUAACGGUCAAAAAAAAAUGUUGCUUGACAAGAUGCGACGCUAGCUUCAAUAUUGGAGGGGAAAAAAAGAACACAAUAUUGUUUUUUUUUGUUUUUUUUUUAAAUAAUUCCCCCUCCCACCGUCGGAUUUCAGUAUCGAGGUAUGGCGGAUUAACGGGGAAGACCGAAGAGAUGGAAUGUACACGAAAGAAGAAAAAACGGUCAUUUUUGUUUUUUAAAACCUGUGUUUCGUGUUUGGAAACCACACCGUUUCUGUUGUUGCUGGCAGCACAGCGUCCCUUUUAACAGGAACCGACCCGCUUUAAAAAAAAAAAAAAAGUAUUUUUUAUUUAUUUAUUAUUAUAUAUGUUUAUUAUUAUGAGGAUUUGACAGCACGCGCAAAAAAAAAACAAAAAAAAAAAACGUCUUACGUUUUUGGUUUUAUUUCUAUGAGGGAAAAUUAGACACCCAUUUCCAUUAUUAUUAUAUAUAUAUAUAUUGUGCACAGAAAUAUAUUCAUGUAGUGCGUGUUUAUUCACUGAGGUAAUUUUUUUUCGACCACAACACUACUUCUACCAGCACCAAAAAAUGCCCUGGAAUUAAAGAACAUCUUUUGUCUACAUCACACAGAAGAAAAAAUAGGUGGAGCUGGGACGCAAUGAUGGGGCGCAGCAGAGUGAGAACACCGUGCUGUUGCUGAAACCACAAGAGAGAUACUCUGGAGGGGGGCCGGCUCUGAACGAACCUAAGAAAGAAAGAAAGAACGGACUUCCAGAAAAAAAGGUCAAAAGAAGGAGGGAGGGACGGAAAGAAGGAUGGCCAAUGCCAGCGAGAGCAGCGAGGGAGCCAACCACCCACUGGCGUCCGGUUCCUCCACCGUUUCCACCUACGUCAAACUGGUCCUCCUCGGGCUCAUCAUCUGCGCGAGUCUGGCGGGCAACCUGGUGGUGUCCCUGCUCAUUCUGAAGGACCGAGCCCUCCACAAGGCUCCGUACUACUUCCUCCUGGACCUCUGCCUGGCGGACACCAUCCGCUCGGCCAUCUGUUUCCCCUUCGUCCUGGUGUCCAUCAAGAACGGCUCAGCCUGGACCUACAGCGUGCUCAGCUGCAAGAUCGUGGCCUUCAUGGCCAUCCUCUUCUGCUUCCACGCGGCUUUCAUGCUCUUCUGCAUCAGCGUGACCCGCUACAUGGCCAUCGCCCACCACCGCUUCUACUCCAAGCGCAUGACCUUCUGGACCUGCGUGGCCGUGGUCUGCAUGGUGUGGACGCUUUCGGUGGCCAUGGCCUUCCCCCCAGUGUUCGACGUGGGCACCUACAAGUUCAUCCGCGAGGAGGACCAGUGCAUCUUCGAGCACCGCUACUUCAAAGCCAACGACACCCUGGGUUUUAUGCUCAUGCUGGCCGUGCUCAUCCUGGCCACCCACGUGGUCUACAUGAAACUGCUGCUGUUUGAGUACAAGCAUCGCAAGAUGAAGCCCGUCCAGAUGGUCCCAGCGAUCAGCCAGAACUGGACGUUCCACGGGCCGGGGGCCACCGGCCAAGCGGCCGCCAACUGGAUCGCGGGGUUCGGGCGCGGACCCAUGCCCCCUACCCUGCUGGGGAUCCGGCAGAACGUUCACAACCAGAACCGUCGGCUGCUGGGCAUGGAGGAGUUCAAGGCAGAGAAGCGGCUGGGCCGGAUGUUCUACGUGAUCACGCUGUGUUUCCUGGUCCUGUGGUCGCCGUACAUCGUGGCCUGCUACUGGAGGGUGUUUGUGAAGGCCUGCACCGUACCUCACCGCUACCUGUCCGUCGCGGUGUGGAUGAGUUUCGCCCAGGCCGGGGUCAAUCCCGUCAUCUGCUUCUUCCUCAACAAAGACCUCAAGAAAGGUCUCCUGGCUCAUCUGCCCCCUUGUUGUAGGACUAAACCGCAACUGCCCCGCGAGCCCUACUGCAUCAUGUGAAAGAAGAGAGGUGCAGGGAAUCUAGAGGAAGCUGUUUUUUGCCCUCCCUUUCAAACCUAGAUUCGGGUUCGAAUGUGUAACACAACCGUUUGAGGGGAUUCCUUUUCUAUUCUCCUUUUAACUUGUAAAUCCCACAAACACAAAAUAAGGUUUGAACUAAAAAGCAAGAUCCUGUUUGCUACUAAAGAACACUAACUACCCCUUGUAGCCAGAGGAUUUUAAACAACCUUCUUAGUCCAGCGGAUGAAUAGUUCUGUUUAUUUGAUUGAAAGAUUAAAACCUAGUUUUAUAAUGAGGAAUUCCAGUCGGUGUAAUGGUAAUUCAUUUUACCUUAAAGGACAGUAGCAAAUCGCCCCCUCCCCUGCGAUAAGAAAGGGGUGACAAAACUUUAAAUACUCCCCUAUUCCCCUGAUUUCAAUUUCGUGGUGAAGCUCAACAUUCCUGCACAUUCCUGCCCCCAAAUCACUUCCUGUGUUGCAGGCAUUAGGGCUCCACCUGAAACACACACUUUUAUGCCACACAUUCAAUCAGGUGUGGCUCAGAUGGGACUCAUAACAGGGAAGCAGUGUGGCCUAGUCUAGUGGUUAGAGAUGAGGGACUGGGAGGGAGGGAGGCA